AUGUAUAACCGUCCAAGUUCCAAAACUAGAUAUUAGUAAGAGCCUACUAUGGAUUCAAUCAAUCUUAAAGAAAAAUAAUUAUAUUUAUAAUCUAGUAGCAUAAGUAAAUAUUUCAAAUAAUUCUAGAUCCAUUAACAGGUGCAGUCUUAAGAUCUGAUUAAUAAUACAAUCAAUAACAAUAUAAUAGUCCUAAUUUUGAUAAAAAAAUUGCUUUAUAAGCUAGCUCUAUCAGUAUUUAUAUUAUUGAAAUAUAGAUCCUCUUACUGGUGCCCCUCUUGUUAGAAAUCCAAUUAGUUAUCAAUAAGAACCGAUCUAAUAAAAAUAAUAUACACCUUAUGGUGUUUAAUAAAAUUAAGCUGUUUAUACUACAUCUGCAGGCUAAAUUGGAUCUGGUGGAUCUAAUAAUAAUAAUGAUGCACAAUUUCAAAAGAAUUUAAUUAAAUUUUUUGCUGCUGAUGAUCCUAAUCAAAUAUAACCUAAAUAACAUACUAAAUCUAAUAAUUCUAUGCCCUCUGAUCCAUAAUUUUAAAAGAAUCUUGUUAAAUUCUUUGCUGCUGAUGAUCCAUCUAUUCCUAAUAAAUCAAAUAAUAAUAUUAGAUAAAGUAAUUCUAGAUCAAAUAAUCAAUAUUAACAAUAAUAUUAACCAUAAUAUCAAGCAUAAUAGUCAAGAAAUCAAAAUGAUCAAUAAUUUUAAUAGAAUUUAAGUAAAUUCUUUGCAGCUGAAGAUCCAACUUAAGUUAAAAAACAUAAUACAUAAAAAUAAUAUAACAAUUAACCAUAAUCAUAAUCAUAACCUAGAUAUCAAUAAUUUAAUGAUGCUCCUCCUGAUCCUAGAUUGGUUAGUGAUCCAAAUUUUUAAAAAAACCUUAAUAAAUUUUUUGCUGCUGAUGAUCCUUCAUAACCAAAAAAAUAAAUAUCAAAAUAAUCUCAAUAAUAACAAUAAAUUAAUGCUAUUGAACAAAAUAAAUUGCAAAGAUUAGAAUAGGAUCCUAGAUUCUAAAAAAAUCUUUAACAAUUUUAUGGUGUUGAAGGAACAUCAUAACAAUCUUAAAAUCCCUAGUAUACAUUAUAUUUAAUUAUAGAAAUGGUUUAGGAAAUAUUUAAUAAUAAAAUAAAUCUAUCAAAGUGCUUGCAAUUACUGAUAGUAGUUCAGUGGCAAGAAAUCAAGUAGCUGCAUUUUUUAGAACUAGAGGAGUAGAUGAUUUUGAUGUAUUUACAAAUCCAGGAGGAGUGUUUGGAUUAUAGAAUAAUCCUGUUUAAGAAUAAAGUUUAAAGUAUUACCUUGAUACUAUGAACAAUGCUUAUAAUAUUAAGGAAGUUUAUAUCAUUUCUGUUCUUGAUAACAGUAGUGUAAAUUAUAAAAUUAUUAUUUAUAGAAUGCAAGAAUAUAUACAAGUACAAAUGAUAAGAGAUCUCAUCAAAUCGCAAUAUAAGAUCUAAAGACUGUUUUGGAAAAUAAAUUAAAUGUUUAAUAUAAACUACAUGGAAUCAUUAUAGAUUAAAGAGGAGCAUCAGAAAAAGCAUUUUGA